AUGAUUCACAGCAAACUUAUUGAGAGUAGCAACGGCACAGACCUCACACUCACAGAUGAAGAUGUAUACAAGACCAUCUCAACGUACAAGCCUCUACAUUUAAGAUUUACACAAUUAUUUGAACCUCCAGUCAUAUCUUGGAGUGACGUUGGCGGCUUACAGCGAAUAAAAAAAUCCCUUACAGAAUCAAUAUUAUGGCCAACUACUUACUCGAAAUUAUUCAAAAAUUAUCCACUGCCAUUAAGAACCGGUGUCCUGCUCUACGGACCGCAGGGUACUGGCAAGACCCUUCUUGCUUCAGCUGUAGCUAGUGAAUGCAAAUUAAACAUCAUUUCUGUGAAAGGCCCUGAACUGCUGAACAAAUUUAUAGGUGCCAGCGAAAAAGCUGUUAGAGAUACAUUCAAAAAGGCCAAAAAUGCCAGCCCAUGUGUAAUAUUUUUUGAUGAAUUAGAUUCUCUCGCUCCCAGAAGGGGUAGGGAUAGUACUGGAGUCACAGAUCGAGUUGUCAAUCAGUUAUUGGCGGAAUUGGAUGGAGUUGAAGAGUUGGAGGGGGUGUACGUACUUGCGGCUACUAACAGGCCUGAUCUUAUAGAUCCUGCACUUUUGAGGCCAGGCAGGUUGGAUAAGUUGCUUUAUUUUCCUCUACCCGAUGCUGCUGAAAGGUUGAUGAUUCUUGAAGCCCUCACAAAGAAUGUUGUUCUAGAUGCUGAUGUUGAUUUGAAGAAUCUGGCUGAUAGCACUGAAAAUUUCACCGGUGCUGAUUUAAAAGGAUUGCUCUACAACGCCUUGCUCGAAGUUGUUCAUCAUCAUUGUCAUCAUGAGGAAGGAAACAACAAUGGUGAAGGCGCCUUUGAUGAUUCAGUCAUAAAAGUUAAGUAUGUGCACUUGAAGACAGCUCUCAACAAGACACAACCUUCCAUUCUCGAAAGAGAUAGAAGACGUUUUGACGAAAUUUAUUCACAAUUUAAUGGUCCUAAUGAGGAAAUUGCUCACAAUUUAGCAAAUACUGUCGGUGUCAAAGCUACAUUUGCUUAAAUUUGUUUUAGAUACUUUUCUGAUAAACUUAUUUGUAUUGUAUUUUAUAAAGCAAAUAAAAAAAUUUAAACUCCAUUUAUUACUAUAAACACAGAAAGUUGAAAACUGUUUUUAUGUAGUUGAGAUAUCUUUACAAGAAAAUAUAUUACAUCAUCAUCAUCAAAUCUUAGCAAACAAAUAAACUAAAGACCACAAUGCUCAUAAAAUUCUCUAAAAUAUCCAAAUGAUCACACAUCAACUAAUUAGUCAAAUAAUUUAACUCUAAGCUUUACAUUUAAAAUUGGAAAAUUAAAUAAGAUUGUCAUAUAGUCAGUGAAGUCAUUAUUUUUAUCUUUAAAAUUCCUACAUGACUAUUCAUUGAAAACAUUUACAGAUAUAAACCAACACAAAUGAAUGAAUGUUAAUAUUUUCAGUCACAGAUAACAUUAAAAUUUUAAAAUGACAACAUCAAUUUAUUUUGGGGCACUGGAGCUUGGGGUGCUUCCUACUUUUGCGGUCUUCUUGGGCAAAAGGACAGCCUGUAUGUUUGGCAGCACACCUCCCUGGGCAAUGGUAACCCCUGAUAACAGCUUGUUCAAUUCUUCAUCGUUACGAAUUGCUAAUUGUAGGUGACGUGGAAUAAUUCUUGUUUUUUUGUUGUCUCUGGCAGCAUUGCCAGCCAAUUCGAGUACUUCAGCAGCCAGGUACUCCAUGACAGCGGCCAAGUAAACAGGAGCUCCUGCUCCAACUCUCUCCGCGUAGUUGCCUUUACGUAGCAGACGAUGAAUUCGACCGACGGGGAACUGAAGUCCGGCGCGACUUGAACGACUUUUCGCCUUCCCCUUCACUUUGCCACCUUUUCCUCUUCCUGACAUCUUUUAUAUUUCCGAAGAAAAUAACAAACUACGAAGACAAUUUCGAGGCGAAGACAACGCGAAUCAAUGGACGAACGUAGAAAAUUAUAAUAUCGGGAU